AUGGGAAUGGGUAAAGCGACGGCGAUGGUAUUUGCCGCCGCAGGCGCAAGUGUCGUCCUCGCCGACAUCAACGAGACCAUGGGUCGCAAAGCGGCAGAGGAUAUCAAGCAUAACGGCGGCAAGGCGCAUUUUGUCAAGACAGACGUCUCGAAUUCCGAAUCGGUCAAGAAUCUGGUCGCCGAGACGGUAUCACAGUUUGGAAAGCUCGAUGUCGCCGUCAACAACGCCGCGCUGACUCCAGAUAAGACGCCCACGGGCGACUUCGAUGAAGCGUACUUCGAUCGAGUGAUUGCCGUCAAUCUAAAGGGUCCGGCACUAUGUAUGAAAUGGGAAUUGCAGCAAAUGACCAAACAGGGACACGGAGGCUCGAUCAUCAACAUUGCGUCGAUCAAUGCUUUCAAGCCGCAGUACAACAUGCCUGCCUACACAGCAUCCAAGCAUGCGGUUGUCGGGUUGACCAAGACGGCCGCACUGGAAUAUGGCGCGCAGGGGAUCAGGGUAAACACGAUUGCUCCUGGAGCUAUUCUGACGGAGAUGUCGGCUGCCAGUUUGAAAUCUAUUGGCACGAGCCAUGAGGCUUUUGCCGAUGUGAGCUACCUCAAGCGUUGGGCGGCUCCCCACGAGGUUGCCCAAGGCUCGUUGUGGUUGGCCUCGGACGCAGCUUCGUACGUGACAGGUAUCACGCUCCCUGUGUGCGGUGGCUAUUCUACGAGAUGA